AUGGGGUAUGAAAAUGUGGGGGGGGUGUGGGGGUGUGGUGGUUUGGGGGUGGGGGGGGGAGGGGGGGAGGAGAUGGGAGGGGGUGGUUUGGGGGUGGGGGGGUGUGGGGGUGGGGGGUUGUUAGGUGAUGGGUUAGGGGGGGUGGGGGGGUGGAGUUGUGGGGGGUUGUGGGGGGGGGGGGGGGGGUGGUGGGGAGGGGGGGGGUUGGGGGUGGUGGGGGUGUGUGGGGGGAGAGGAGGUGGGGGGGGGGGGGGGUGGGUAUGGGGGGGGGGGUUAUAUGUGGGGGGGGGGGGUGGUUGGGGUAUGUGGGGGGGGGGGGGGUGGGGGUGGGGGGGGGGGGGGGGGGGGGGUUGGGGAGGGUGUGGGGUGGUGUGGGGGGGGGGUUGGUGGGUAGUUGGGGGGGGUGGUUGGGGUUGUUGGGGGGGGGGUGGGUGGGGGGUUUGGGUGGUUGGGGGGGUGGGGGGUGAGGGGGGGUGGGGGGGGGUUAUAGGGGGGGGUGGUGUGGUGGGGGUGGUUGAGGUUUGGGUUGUGUUGGGGGGGGGGGUGGAUGGGGGUGGGGAAGGUGUGGGGGUGAGUGUUAGGAGGGGGAGUGUAGUGGGUAUGUUGGAGAUGGGGGGUGGGUGGGGUGGGUGUGGGGCGUGUGGAAGGGGGUGUGUGAUAGGAUGGAGGGAGGGUAGGAUGGUUGUAUUGAGGUGA